GCGCUAAGAAAAAGAACCUAACCUAAAAUUUUAACGAUUUCUGUUUUCUUUGUGAAUUUUGUGAUCAAAAGUGAGGAUUUUCUACUUUCUUGUUAUAAAACUAGGCCUACUGUGAAACAUUUUAUUCGUGAAUAUUCAUGAUGCAAAAAAUUGUUAUUGUUAAUGAUAAAAUGCAACAUUAACAUGCAAUAAAUCUUGUCGUUUACUUUUAAAGGUUCUUCUAGGAAGCUUGAAUAUCUGUAGUUAUGGUCAUGGAGCAGAUCGAAUAUGAUGAUUUCACCUGCAUUAAGAAUUUCGUUCUACAUAGCGACAUAGAGGACGAUGAGAGUGGCGAGGAUAAGAAACUAACUUCUCUGGUGAGAGAAAGCUAUGUUAAAAGACUUCGCCAGCUUCUGAAACAGAAUUACAAGGUUUGGUGCGAAAACUAUAAAGACGAAACCGAAUCUGGAGAAGGGAAACGAUUGAGCUCCACUGAAAUCGACAGAUGUAUCAUGUUUCUUGAAGAUAAGGCUCUACAAGUCUGCAUGGUGGCUAGGAUUUACCAAAAAGUGAUGGUAAAAAUGAUGUCAGAUAUAAAGAAAAUGACGAAAGAAAUGAAGCUGUUUGAUAGUUUGAUGAAUACUCAAGGCUGGAACGUAGACCGCUAUCCGGACAAAAGCACUCAGACCGAUGAAGCGCCACUGUGCGACAAGGAAAACCAGACUGAUCCGAUUGCGUUUGGACCGCGCUACUCGUUACUGGACCUACCUCUACCAAGCAGCAAGAACAUGACCAGCUGUUUAGAAGUGAAGAAUACUGCGACACCCGACUCUCCAUGCAAGCAGCUCAAGGAGACCAUAGCCAAAGUCAUUCCUCGAGUUAUCAGUCGGCCACUAGAUGGAAGGACCACUCAGACAUCGGGAUCCAGAAAGAGGCGGAGGAGCUCUGCCAAUGUAGACGAGAAAGGUGAAGAAAGGAAAAGUUUGAAACGUGACAGCUUUGAUUCUUCGUCAGUCAUUAAUGUGUCAUCGAGUGAGGUUAGUGGUAAUCUAUUCAAUGAAACUGACAAAUCAAUGAUCUCAGACACUUCCCUAGUGAAUAAUUCAGAGAUAGCUGAUAACUCACUGAGGACUACAAACAAAUCAAUGAUCUCUGACACUUCUCUAGUCACUACAUCACAGAUAACUGAUGAUUCACUGAUGAAUAGGACUGCCGAGAAUGAUGAUAUUAAUGAGAAACUGCUAUCCUUAGAUGCGAGGCUAAUGGAGAUGGGACUUCUCAACGUUGAGGAACCGAGUCCAGUCCCAGAUGAAGAACAAGAAGAGGAAGAAGUAGCUCCUUCACCUACCCCCUCCCCCGCUCCCUCACCCUGUCAACCACCCACACCCCGCAGCAAGCACAAGGGCACCUGGUACAUGGAAAUGGUGGCCCACGUGUGCCACUUUCACAGAGUUUACAGUCAGCUGACAGCCGAGCAGCAGGCGAGAGUAGACGUGAGAAUUGUCGAACUGUUUGGACCUAGAAGCAAUGACCGGUCGGUGAAGUUGAGUGAGGAUAACCUGUCAGUGUGUCAGAAGCGGAUCGCGUCUAUGGUUGUGGCCGAACUGACUCCCUAUCUCCAGAGGAAGCUCAUCGCUUCUCGUGGUCUCUUCAAAAUGUUGGCUAAACGUGUCACCGAGUCCAUAAUGGAGGAAUCUUAUGCUCCAGAUUCAUCCAAGGUCAAACAAUUUGUGCUGGACUUCUUUGAGAGGAACAAAUCCGUAAGAAGUAUGAUCGACAUAGAAUGUUGUUAGAGAGAUAUGUUGAACAUAUUUUACUUUCAAUUCCAGUGUUGAUAAAGAUAAUGAUUGAGACAUAUUUUCGAUUAUUGAAGAGAGGAACAAGAUAGUGUUUGAGAAGCAAUGAACUUUUAUAUAGGUCAAGUAAAAACUAAGUGCUAAUGAUAAGUUAUGAGGUAAAUCUUACCAGGUGCUCAAAUCUACGAAAUUAAGCAAUUUGUGCAAUUCAUUCAUAUUGAAUUAAUUUUAACAUUCUUAUAUAGUUUUUUAUCGCUUAUUACUUGAAUAGGCUUUUGUCCAUUCUAUUGAAUUUUAUUCAUUUUAGGAUUAUUAAAGAAGUGAUAAAUUACUGUUAAUUGUACUUCCAUUGAAUAAUAAUUAUUCAUGAAUGGUAAAUUUUCAAGUAAGAUGGAUUCAUCUUUUUGUCUUUUUUUACUAUUUUCCUAAUAAGUGGAAGCAGGAAAAGACUGUUGACAUUUCAAGUUGCUAAAUGUAUAGAUAUUUCCUUCACAUUUUUUUAUUUACUUCCAUUAUUACCUUAUUCUGAAUGACUGAGAUAAGUUUUUCUAAUUUAUAAUUAAUUUAGUCAGAGAUAAACUUCUAAAUGAAUGUGUGAGGAAUAGUUUUCAUGUUACUUCAUGCAUUUCAUUUCAUUUUUCAUCUCACUUUGGUAAUAAUGCCAAAACCUUGGGAAAUUAUAAGAAGUCCAUGCAGAACGUCCGUAAAUAAUUAUUUUACCUGCAUUCUGUAUAUUUUUCAUACUCAAUGAAUUGAAUUUACUUAAUUUAUUAUAGACCUUUUUUAAUUUUAAACUAAGUUUAGUAUAAAAUUAGGUACUCUACAUAAAUGUCUUAAUUUUUCAGGGAAAAAAUGUGAGUUGUAUUUUCAAUUACCUAAUGAGCUCUCAAUAGCUCAAAGAAAUAGAAAUUAAAAUUAUUAACGUACUGUGCUUGCUCAUAAAUUCAAAACUUCAAAUUUUAAUUCACUUCCAUUUGAUAAGUCUGUCUGAAAAACGUUCAAAAGUAUCCUUCGUUCUCUCAUAAAUACAUGAUGUAUUUUAAACAUUUUAGAACAAUAAGAGAUCUUGUUACUUAUUUAGUAUUAAUAAAGUCACUGUUCACCAAUUGAUUCAUUUUAAAAUUCAUUUGAUCAUCUAUGUUAUUUAUUUUCACGUUUAAAUUCAACUAUUAUACUUGUUAAAUGUACGUUUCAAUUAUUUAUUUUUUCAUAUAACUUACAAUCUGUAUUUUAAGGAUAUUGAGAGGUUUUCUACCGGUGUCUAAUCUUGCCUAUAUUCGCUAUGGCAAAUGCUUACCGUAUAUAAGUUAUCAUAUCCAUUAGAAAUCUAGUUCUUAUAAAGUUACAGUAUUGUGAUUUCUGAAUAAGUCAAUGAAAUUUAUUUUGCGAAGGAUCCAAGUAUGUGGGAGGAAAUGCUCAAGAUUUUCAUAUCAUUGGCUUUAAAGUUCUUAUUUAAAAAUAUUGAUGAAAUUAAAUUACCUGAAUAUUAAUAUUGAAAUAAAAGCAAUAAUAAUGGAUAGCCAUUGCAUUAGAUGUGCCAUUAUAUUUAUGCAGUUUUUAUAGCAUUGAAAAUAUAAGCUUUAAAAAUGAAACCAAAUUGAUAGCGAUAUAAAUUUAAUAAAUUGUAGCAUUUUAUCAUCAAAUACUGUGAUGAAUAAGAAGUUGAUACAGUAACUCAUACUCUUGUAUUAUAUUAUUAAAUUACAAUUUUUAUGUGUGUAUACAGACACUUAUAAGGCUUUCAUACUGUAAUUUUAUUAAACUAUGAAUUUUAUUAAAGUAUGAACGAGAACUUAUUGCAUGUGAUUAAUAAGUCUAAACAUGACUUGCUCUAUCUUUGUUAUUGUUGGUAUUAUAAAUUAUUUUCAUUUUUAAUUGAGAAUUUGAAAACGUAUGUGCAUUUUUGUAUCAAAAUAAAAGCUUAUUCUAUAAAACUUACCCAUCAAACUUGGGUUUACUCAUAAAAUUGGAUAAGUCUAAUGAAUCAAUUCGAAUACCGUAAGCUAUAUGUAAAAAUACGAUGCUCUCUCUGUAAAAGUAUGAAAACAGAUUUGACAAAAAUGUUUUUAUUAUUUUGUUUCUAGCUUUCGAACUUCAUAAAUGGAAUGUUAUAUUAGCUUGGUAUUCUCAUGAAAAUAUUUUUUCAAGCAGUAUGGUAGCCUAUGUAUGUAUUUUUUAAUGCUUCAAGUUAGCAAAAGGUUACUUUUUUUGAUUAGGCUAAGUUUCUUUUAUUUGUAACGUCAAUUGUAUUAGCUUGGUAUUCUUAUCACCAUAGUAUUGUAAUUUUAUAACUUAUUGAUUUGUUAGCCGUCUCAGGAAUGAGUUCUAGAUGGGGUAGUAUUUUUUUCAGUUUCUUAUAGGUUGAUUAAUUCUUUUUUAUUUAAUUUUUAUCCAUUCAGGGGUUAAAGGAUGAAUUGGGGGAUCAAAUUUCACUUGUCUAUGCUUGUUGUAUGAGUUUUUUUUUUUCAAAUCCAGUCAAUUUUGUUGAGUCAAUUUUACUAUUUCUCAUUGUCAUUGGUCAAUGUUUUAUCUGGAAAAUAUAUAAUAAAUUUAUAUACA